CGUGAAUAUUCGGUGGGCAUCUAUGCUCUAGCUACUCCAUCUCCAUGCCAGCCACCACCAACCAGUCCACCUCCAAGCAAACCAAUCCUUUGACCAGAGUUAGCUUCCCCACGCCAAAAUAGAAGCUGCCAAUUUGAUUUCUCAGUCUCACUCAGGCCAUUGUCGUAUAUGAAUUAGCGUUGCAAGAAAAGGGUUUGGAGAUUACAGUGAAGGCUGAAGAGUUUGUGAUUGGAAGUUGAAGGAAAGGGAUGGCAUUGAAGUGGGUAUUUGUUCAUCUUCUUGUUGGUUUGGUUUUGAAUGUUUCAGAGCUCUGUAAUGGUGGAAUAACCAGUGGAUAUGUAAGGCCUGGUUUGGGUACUGAUAUGCCAUUGGACAGUGAUGUGUUUAGAAUACCUCCUGGUUACAAUGCGCCCCAGCAGGUUCAUAUAACACAAGGAGAUCAUGAGGGGAGGGGUUUGAUCGUCUCUUGGAUCACUCCAGAUGAACCGGGUUCAAACACUGUUGUCUACUGGGCAGAUAAUAGCAAGCUCAAGAACAGAGCUGAGGGCAUUGUUUUUAGAUAUAAGUUCUUCAAUUACACUUCUGGUUACAUUCAUCACUGUACUAUCAAGGAUUUGGAGUUUGAUACAAAAUAUUACUAUGAGGUUGGGACUGGGAACUCCACGAGGCAGUUUUGGUUCAUAACUCCACCUGGAGUUGGCCCGGAUUUUCCUUAUACUUUUGGUCUCAUAGGUGAUCUUGGCCAAACCUAUGAUUCAAACAGGACGCUAACUCACUAUGAGUUGAACCCGUCAAGAGGGCAGACUUUACUCUACGUUGGAGACCUCUCUUAUGCUGAUGAUUACCCGUUUCAUGACAACAACAGAUGGGAUACAUGGGGGAGAUUUAUAGAGAGAAAUGCUGCUCAUCAACCUUGGAUCUGGACUGCUGGGAAUCACGAAAUUGAUGUCGUUCCUGAUAUCGGUGAACCUAAACCCUUCAAACCAUAUACAAGUCGUUUUUUCACACCAUAUGACGCUUCUAAAAGUACAUCUCCUCUUUGGUACUCAAUUAAGCGAGCAUCAGCAUACAUCAUUGUCAUGUCCUCUUACUCAGCUUUUGGGAAAUACACUCCCCAAUGGAAGUGGUUCACAAAGGAGCUACCGAAAGUGAACAGGACCGAAACGCCUUGGCUCAUUGUUCUUAUGCAUUCCCCGCUGUAUAGUAGUUAUGUUCAUCAUUACAUGGAAGGGGAGACCAUGCGAGUGAUAUAUGAGCCAUGGCUUGUACAGUACAAAGUAGAUGUCGUAUUUGCCGGUCAUGUGCAUGCCUAUGAACGAUCGGAGCGCGUAUCUAACAUUGCAUACAACAUCGUGAACGGGUUGUGCACUCCCAUUGACGACCCUUCUGCCCCGGUCUACAUAACCAUAGGAGAUGGAGGAAAUCUAGAGGGACUGGUGAAAGAGAUGACACAGCCACAGCCGCGGUACUCAGCCUACCGGGAAGCCAGUUUUGGGCACGGGAUUUUUGACAUCAAGAACAGGACUCAUGCCUACUUCAGUUGGCAUCGCAACCAAGAUGGAUAUGCAGUCGAAGCCGACUCUAAAUGGUUCCAUAACAGGUACUGGAAGUCGCCGGAGGAGUCACCGGUGGCCACAUCAAGAUAAGGGAACCAUCUGUCUCUUCCUUCUUCAUCCUCUUGUGUGGAAGAAAUGAACCCAAACUCAUAUGCGUUGUGAGUGAUCAUAUGUAUGCAGAUAUCUUCCUGUAAUUGUACAAUGGUUCACCACUGGUGAUUUUCUUCUCCAUGAUUGUAAUAGAGCUUUUAGUUUGAGAUUUGUAAAAUA